AUGGCCGAACAACUGUUGGAUCAGAUCCGCGAUGUGGCGGAGGGCCAAAUUGACUUUGAAGGCCAGAAACUGGUGGAACUACUCGUCAACGUGACCCUGGCACUUACAGCUGUCGUCGCGUUCCUCGUCGGAUACAUCUUACAAGACAUCAAGCUGGCGCUCCAGAUUGGACUUGCCGGAACCGCCCUCACCUUCGUCAUCGCCGUUCCUCCGUGGCCGUUCUACAACCGCAACCCUGUUAAGUGGCUACAAGUUGGCGGCGGGCUGGUACCGCCACAAAACCUGAUCAUAGAUGAGAAGAGUUUCAGGUAG